AUGACUGAAACUCCUCUUCUGAAUGUUUCCUCCUCAAACCAGAGUGAAAACAAGAGCAACUCAAGUAUUUGCCCAGACUUGGAUGACUGGUGGGAAAUCGUGUAUUAUAUAGUACCCAAGUAUAUUGACACCAUCUGUGUUAUUGGGAUGCUUGGAAAUAUACUUGUUUUCCUUACUUAUUGCCUGCACAAGGGGCCCCUGAAGAUAGCUGAAAUCUACCUUAUGAACCUAGCUUUUGCUGAUCUUAUCUUCCUCACCUGCCUCCCUUUCUGGGCAGAGAAUAUCAGGAAUGAAUUCAACUGGCCAUUUGGCAAUUUCCUUUGUCGCAGCACCAGCGCAUCCAUCAGCCUGAACAUGUACACCAGCAUCUACUUGCUAGUGGCAGUCAGCGUGGAUCGCUAUUUGACUUUUGCUCAUACCUUGAACCACAGAAGGAUACGGAGCAAAACUAUGGCCAAAGGGAUCUGCUUGCUCACCUGGUUUUUUGGCAUCCUUCUCAGUGUUCCAACCUUUAUGUUUCGGACUGUGAAGCACUUUCCCCUGUGGAAUAUUUCAGCAUGCACUUUAGACUUCCCCACCCCAUUGUGGGUAACAGCUGAAAAGCUGGUAUUCAACAUAGUGGGGUUUGCGUUGCCAUCUACAGCAAUCACCUUCCUUAAUUUCUCUACCAUUCACUCCCUACAAAAAAAGGCAAGAGAACGAAGAACACUCAGAACAAAGAGCUGCAAGGACCACAAAGGCACAAAAGCCACCAGGCUGAUCUUUACAGUGGUACUGGUAUUUCUUUUGUGCUGGACUCCAUACCAUUUUUUUGUAUUCCUUGAUAUUUUAUACCAGACAGAAGUGAUCAAAGGCUGCUUCUGGGGGGAACUGCUCAACUUUGGAGAGCAGUUUGGCUAUACUCUGGCUACUACCAACAGUUGCAUUAACCCUGUGAUUUAUGUCUUCGUCGGGAAAUACUUCAGGCAAAAGGCUUUAGAAGUUUUUUCACAGUUUAUUCCCUGUGGAUUUCCCUUUUGCUGGGUAUCAUUCAAAGAAAAGUCUUUAUAUUUCAAAGUGUUUCCAGUCAGGAGUACUUUAACCUAA